AUGUCCCCUAUACACUCCCUUCUUCUUCGCUGCAAGCGCUGCGUGCAUUCCCUCAGCCUUGCUCUACGCAGGAAACCCCCCCGCAGAUCCAGCGUCGCAACAGCGGCCCCAAUCCCAGCCUCGGACACACACCAUAUGACCACAGCACAGCUAACCCUUCAGCGAAUCCACGAUCAGGCCUCCGGCACUACAUCAAAAAAGGAUGACCUUAGGGGAGAUAUCAUCUCUGGUAUCCCUGCAAAGGGGAAACCCCGCCUGCUGCUCAUGGGUCAGCGAAGGAGCGGAAAGUCUUCAAUCUCCAGCGUCGUAUUUCACAAGCUUCCACCAAAUGAGACAUUAUUCCUAGAGUCUACGGCAAGAAUACAGAAAGACUCGAUGGCAUCAUUCAUGGAAUUUCAAGUAUGGGACUUUCCUGGACAAAUUGACGUCUUUGAGACGCCAAAUUUUGAUAUGGAGGCCAUUUUCGGUGAGAUCGGGGCUUUAAUCUGGGUAAUUGAUGCCCAAGAUGACUAUUUGGAGGCAGUUGCACGUCUAAACACCACAAUAUUGGCUCUGCAAGGAAACUACCCCAACAUCAACAUCGAGGUGUUUAUUCACAAAGUAGAUGGGCUAUCAGACGACUACAAGCUCGAUAUCCAACGCGACAUAACUAUCCGCAUUCAAGACGAACUGUCGGACCACGGCUUCGAAAACGCGCCCGUCACUUUUCACCUUACCUCCAUCUACAACCACUCCAUCUUUGAGGCCUUUAGCAAAGUCAUUCAGAAGCUCAUCCCGCGGCUAGGCACGCUUGAAGCCAUGCUGACAAACUUGUGCCGCACAUGUCGCUUCGAAAAGGCAUACCUGUUUGACGUCAUGUCCAAGAUUUACAUUGCCACUGACAGCUCGACGGCCGACAUGGCAAGCUACGAAAUUUGCAGCGACUACAUUGACGUCAUCAUCGACAUUACCGAGGUUUACGGCACCUGGCAGCGCAGCGACGAGAGUCGUAAGAAGCUCGAGGGCGAGCCGCUCAACAUGAAGCUUGAGGAUCAGAUUGGAUGCGCGACGGCCGAGAGCUGCCUCGUGCUGCACGACAGCAACAAGCCCAUUAUGCUGCGCGAGGUGGACAGGUACCUCGCCCUGGUGGCGAUUAUGACGGACGACUCGUAUGAGAAGAUGCCGCUGGUGAAUAUGAAUGUCGAGACGGUCGUCGAAGGCGUCACGGAAUUUUUUAAAAUCACAAAGCCCAAAACUCAGGGCCCGUAG